UGCUUUAAGUUCUGAAUCUUUUUUAAUUGCCGCCAGCCACAACGCACAAACCAUCCGGUUUGUUCACACUGCAUUCAUUCGUAGUGAAGCUUGCUUUGGAAAUCACGAGUCAAGAAGCUGAAAGGAAACCGAAACUGGGUCAGAGGCGCAGCCGGGGACUCUGGAGCACUUUAAAUUCUAUCCUAGCAGAAAUUUCGGCGAUACGUUUAUUUGACGAAUGCAUUUUCUAGUUUUUUAAUAUGCUAUCGCUGUAUUCCAGGGUCUAUGUACUAUAUGUGAAGAUGAAUUUAAGCAAGACGAGCUAUGAAGUUAGGACCCUAAAUGUGAUGACAGCUCUUAUGCUUUAGGGAAACACUUCAGAGAGAGAUAACAGCAAACAACAUGGCAACAGCCUCAGGUAAUCAGUUCGAGUGGCAGCUGUUUAUUGGACAGAAGUGGGUUUCGAUCUUUAAUGAUUUUGUCAUCGAGGCCCAUUACUGUCAGCCAGGGGCAAAUGGGAUCACCAUCAACCUCAACAUGGGGCCUGCCUAUAUUGACUUUGAUGAAAUGACAGUCGACGGACCUCUUGUUAACUUCAGUGUACGGCGUAAUACGCUGCUGUCAUACAACCAGAAAGAAGUAAUGGGCUGGUACUACAAAGAUAACCAUCGCUGGUGUGAAUAUGGAUCUCAGGGAUCGGAUGGGAGGUCAUCCUUGAUUAGAAGUGAUUAUUUAGAGCAGAAGUACAACAGCAACCCAAGGGGCUCAGUUCAGUUUACUGUGGGAAGCAUGACUUAUAUGGUGGACUUCACUGCCAUGACUCAAACCAAUCUGUCCACACGCAUGUUGAGGAAAGUGAGACGGCGGCCAAAAUUCAAUGAAGUAGUAACAGACAACAGCAGUAAUCAAAACAGUUCACCAUCUCUGGCAUCUCCCUCCGCGAACCCUACAAAUUCUUCUUCUCAACACAUCUGGGAGUUUAUGGGCGAUGAGGGUAUUUGGACUGAGUACCAGAAACCAGGAUGUUCAUUGGAUAGCGCGGAAAUCGAGAGGUUGUAUCAGCUCAACCCGCAGUGCCAAGUUUCAUUCACUGCCAGACGAUUCUCUUACACGCUUUACUUCGGUGGAAUGUAUCAAGUGAACAAUAAAUAUGGUACAAAAAGAGCUGUCAGGAGAAUCGCCAGUGGAAUCCAGCAAACAAACAGUACAUUGUCUCAAGCUCACUGGCAGUUCAUGGACAUGGAUGGCCAAUGGAAGGAUUAUAUGAAAGGUGGUUCUCAGGGACAUUGCAGUGUGUCAAGUCAAGAUAUUGAAGUGCAGUACCAGCAGGACUCCACUGGGACAAUGGGAUUCAGAGCGGGCAGAUUCAGCUAUGAGCUAGACUUCUCAGGCAUGACCCAGACCAACCUGUCUACUAACACCAGGAGACCAGUACGCCGCCUUCAGUCAUAAGAGCUCACUGCCUCGUCUUCUGUUUACUUCAAUAUUUACUUGUAGCUUUAUAUGAAUAAUCUCAGGAUGCUGAUUCACACACUGUCUGCUGGACAUUCUCAGAAAAUGCCAUACAAAAAAGCAAAAUUAUGUUCAGUUUGUCCAUGCUAACUUAUGUGCCUAUAUUGUUUUAUUAAUUACCAUAAAAUAAUGGUUUUCAUGGUGAUUAUGUACUUGAAACAAUUUCAGUAUUUUAUUCUAUUUUCUUUUCAGUGCAUUUACUAUGAUUUGAAGAUUGCAUUUGCUGUGCAUUACGUCUUAUGACAGCUUUCAACAUUCAUGUCUGUAUGUCACAGUGGGGCACUGUGACUAGAGACUGUGGUUAUGAUACUGGACUGAGAACGCAACACACUGUGCAUACAUACACUUUUCAUACAACAACACAUAUUUGUUUUGCGCAAUGUAACAUCAGUUAACACCAGGUAUGUGUGUGUGUCAUUGAUUGUGUAUUGUUUAAGUGUUAAUACUGUUCUCACCAUUUUUUUUUAGUUUAACACUUUGAGUCGUUGAUUUGUGUAUUGUUGAGAAUACAAACAAGACCGGUUACCAUGUUAAAUGUUUAUUGUUUUCAAUCAUCCACUUACAUAAAUUAAACAGUCAUACUUACGUACUGGAACAUUUUCUCAUAACAAACAGAAGAAACCCGGGCACCACAUUGCCACCAUUUUUAAAAUACCUGUUUCCCGCCAAUAGAAGGCACACUUAAUUGGUCUCAUGCCGGAGGGGGAGAUUGGUGUUUGUUUGAUUCUUUGGUAAACGGUAAUAAUGAAUUUAGUUUGUUUUGUUUGAAAUGGUUGUAUAUUUUUGUAUAUUUUUUUGGUUCUAAUAGUUAUGCCUUUGUUAAAGUUAAAUCGCUAUUUAUUUGUUUUGUCUUUCUUGAACUUAUUUGUUACCGUCAAUUACUUAAUGGUUUAGUCCAAGUGGGAGGGGCAUAUACUUUUUAAGAAUUUCUCUCAGUCUUGUAAGGGGCUCGUAGAGUGAGUCGGAGAAGCUGCUUGCUGGAAUUUUGGGUCAAAUUAUUGACAUAGCCAAAAGUUUUGUUUGUACAUUUAAACUUUGAAUUUUUUUUUCUAUUUUUGUAUCUUUUGAUACUUUUUUUUUUUUGGAAUAAACACCAAACUUUUUGACUUCA